CCCACAGGCCCUGCCCUUGCUCCCCUCCUGCUGGCCGUACUACUGGGUGGUGUGUCACAGGCUGCCAAGAUUGUGGGCGGACGGCCUGCAGAGCCCCACUCUCGGCCCUACAUGGUGUCGCUGCAGCUGCGGGGGGUCCCCAGCUCCCACUUCUGUGGGGGCACCUUGAUCCACCCCAGAUUUGUGCUGACAGCUGCCCACUGCCUGCAAAAACAGGACCCCACUCGCGUGAGCGUGGUGCUGGGGGUGCACGACCUGCAGGCCUCCGAGCGCAGCCAGCAGCGGUUCACCAUCCUGCACAUGUUUGAGAACAGAUACGACCCAGAUGAGCACCUCAACGACGUGCUCCUCCUGCAGCUGGACCGUCCGGCCGUGCUCGGCCCCGAGGUGGCAGUGGCCCCGCUGCCGCAACAGGACCAGGCGCUGCCCCACGGCACCCAGUGUCUGGCCAUGGGCUGGGGGCGCCUGGGCACCCACAUGCCCAUACCGCGGGUCCUUCAGGAGCUCAAUGUCACCGUGGUCACCUUCCUGUGCCGGCCGCAAAACGUGUGCACACUGGUCCCCCGCCGAGCCGCGGGCAUUUGCUUUGGGGACUCCGGUGGCCCCUUGAUCUGCGAGGGAGUCCUUCAGGCCGUUGACUCCUUUGUGAUCCGAGAGUGCGCCUCCCGCCAGUAUCCAGAUUUCUUCGCCCGCGUGUCCCUCUAUGUGGAUUGGAUCAACUCCAUUCUCAAUAAAGGGGUGUGA